AUGGCGGCGAACCGCGAAGAGCUCAACGAUCCGGCACAGGAAAGCUACCAAGAUUGUUGCGCCGCGGCCCAUCACGGAGACCCAUCAACGAACUGCGGUGCCAGAAAUAACCCCAAUCUGGUCACAAGGAACAACCUGUGGGCGCACACAGAGACUCAGAGGACCACCGUUCCUCUUAAAGCCGCAGGACAAUGCGAUACCACUAUCCGGCAUAGGCUGAUACAGGUGCCAGGGCCGCAUAAAGACGAGCUGUUGCCCUUCUGUGACACAACUCUCAUACACCCUUGA